UUCUCAUUAAGCUCUCUUUAUGUUAGUAAUCAAGAAAAACAUGAGCCCAACUUACCCAAGUGAGUAUUGACAGCGGAUGUGAUUGAACGAUAACAUAAGAGGAAUGUGCUUCGUUUGGAAAAAGAUUGCUGUGGUACUUCACGUUCAAUGUUCAAAAUUUUACAAUCUAGUGAACAAAAAUUGUUUUGUUUUAUUAACGAUUAUGAAUGUCCUUCUGUCCGCUGGACAACAAAGUUGAGUGCGAGCUUCUGACUCCAACAAUGUCGCUUGGAUUAGAAAAGACAGUCAAGUGUUUUCUGGUAUUUCAAAUUCAUUUCUUUGCAUUGUGUUGUAAUUUGGUUUACUCUGCUCGGUGAGCAAGUGUUGACACACGGGACUCUUUUUUGGACUUAGCUCUUGGAGGGCUUUGGGUUGGAGGGUGUGUGUGUGUGGAGGCUGACUUGUUGACAUUAUUAGUCUGAUGUGAAAACAAUCUAUUUGUGAAGCGAUUUCAGAGAAAAAGCACAAAUAUCUACAUAUACAGCAAAUAGCAUUAAAAGGCUAAAGAUAUGAAAAAUUGCCUUUAAGCAAUAAUUCAUCCAGAAACAUCGUCAUGCUUAUAAUACAAAUCGGUGGUGUCAGUCUACUCAAAAUGUCUGUAUAGUUGCCAAAAAAAUCCACGGUCACUCCAUUUCUGUCGUGCUGUGUAAUGCUGAGGGCGUAGCAGGUUUUAUGGGAGUUUCUUUUUCAAUCAAACUGAUUGGAGCUCUGCUGGCCUAUAAAAUAUGGGACUGCAGAUGGAGAGGUCAGAAGCAAAGUAUCAAAACUACAGUGUCCUGUGAAGCCAUGGCCUCCGGUCUUCCCCUCCUCCUGCUGGUCCUGUGCAGUCUGACUGCGGCCGAAGCUUGGCUGAGGUUGUACAACCUGCGGGCCAGCGGUCUUGACGCUGACACUUUUUCAGCCGCAGACGGCUACGUCAAGGUGUUCUGUGGCUCUGCCAAACUGGGUGAGACGUCCGUCAACCACAACAACGCAAACCCCUGGUGGACGGAGGAGUUCAGCCACUUCAAGGCCCAGGAGAAUGGCGUCCUGCGGCUCGAGGUGCACGACGAAGACAUCUUCUACGACGACCUGCUGGGAAUCUGCCAGUGUCAAAUCAAAGUGGGCACCCAUGAGCACAACUGCUUCCUGAAGGAGGGCGGCACCCUCCAUUACAUGUACACCUUCAGCAUGUAGAAAUGUAUCAUGUGUGGAUACAUCUGACCUUAAGUCUUUACAUGCAACCUGCAUCUGUCAGACUGGCUCUGAGGAAUGUAUGAUACUCACUCACACUCAAUAACUCCGUCAUUUACCUUUAUUCUGGUGCCUGUGUCCCACUUUAUCACUGGCUAUUAUUUUACCGCCUUUUCCAAGGUUGACAAUGAAAAAUAAACCGUGCUGCAACAACCAAA